GUGCGCCCGGCGGCUCCAGCGUUGGGCUGCGGGCGCGGCUGACCACGAGGUCCAGGGCCCGGCUGCAGGGCCCGGCUGACCACGGGGUCCAGGGCACGGCUGCAGGGCCCGGCUGAGCGCGGGGUCCAGGGCCCGGCUGACCACGGGGUCCAGGGCCUGGCUGCAGGGCCCGGCUGAGCGCGGGGUCCAGGGCCCGGCUGACCACGGGGUCCAGGGCCUGGCUGCAGGGCCCGGGCUGACCACAAGGUUGCUGCAGGACCCGGCUGCAGCGCCCGGGCUGACCACAGGGCUGUUGCAGGACCCGGCUGAGCGCGGGCAACAGUCCGGCAAGCGGCCGCUGUGCAGGCGCAGAGCGUAGCCUGUCGCCUGCGAAACGUACACGGAAGUGACGUGGGUGACGCCGAGCUGGGGCCGGAGCUAGCAGGGCCUGCUGUCCCGCGGCCACGAUGAGCUGCACCAUCGAGAAGAUCCUGACGGACGCCAAGACGCUGCUGGAGCGGCUGCGGGAGCACGACGCGGCGGCCGAGUCGCUGGUGGACCAGUCGGCGGCGCUGCACCGCCGAGUGGCGGCGAUGCGGGAGGCGGGCGCGGCGCUUCCCGACCAGUAUCAAGAGGACACCUCCGACGUCAAGGACAUGUCCAAAUACAAACCACACAUUCUGCUGUCCCAGGAGAAUACACAGAUUCGGGACUUGCAGCAGGAAAACAGAGAGCUCUGGGUUUCCUUGGAGGAACACCAGGAUGCUUUGGAACUCAUCAUGAGCAAGUACCGGAAACAGAUGUUGCAGCUAAUGGUUGCUAAAAAAGCAGUGGAUGCUGAACCAGUCCUGAAAGCUCAUCAGUGCCAUUCUGCGGAAAUUGAGAGUCAGAUUGACCGAAUCUGUGAAAUGGGAGAAGUAAUGAGGAAAGCAGUUCAGUUGGAUGAUGACCAGUUUUGUAAGAUUCGUGAAAAACUAGCCCAGUUAGAGCUUGAGAAUAAAGAACUUCGAGAAUUAUUGUCCAUCAGCAGUGAGUCUCUUCAGGUGAGGGAAGAAAAUUCAAUGGACACUGUUCCUCAAGCCAUCAUAUAACUGAAUUUCUGAGUGACCGCUAGCUUGUCCAAAAGGAGCAAUCAAGGAAGGAAGAUGUUAUCUUUCUACUCAAGUGUGUCCAUGCAGUGUCUUGCCUCAGACCUGAUUUUCAGGGAAAAGUUUAGAAUUUGCUGUGCAAACUGGCUUUCCAUAAAACAGUAUUUGGGUGUGUUAGUAGAAGUACAAUGAGUUUCGCCAUUCCUUUCCCUAAGAAACUACCUUUGUAAAUUUCUUUUUGGGGACCUCAAUUUAUAUAAACUUCCUUUUUUUCCAUAUCUUGAAACUCAAAGCAUUUUAUUUCAAAUCAGCAAUUUUAUUUUAUGUUGUGUUAUCAAUUGCAUUCUAAAGCAUUCUAAAUGGAUCUAAAGUUUUCUUGAUUUGGGUUUGGUUUGGUUUUUUUGUGUGUGGGGCCUGCAGAAUGGGGCUUGUUCCACGCAAGCUGUUCAGGGACUGUUCCUGGUUCUCUGGUCAUGAUUUGCUCCUGGAAAGGCUGGGGGAAUUGAACCAGGGUCCACCUCAUAUGAGCAAGAGGUUUAAUCCCUAUACAACCCCAAGGUGGAGAGAUAGUUUUAACUUUUUAAAUCCAUUUGACAUUAGGCUGUGUUUUUGUCCAUUUGAGAAAAUUAAUAUAAUUCCAUAGAACUAGACCAACAGUUUCUCUGAUUUGUAAUGUCAUUUACCUUCUAUGAAAUGUUAAGUCUGUCUGGUGCUGAGAGUUGGCACUUUAUGAUUUAGUGGCUUUACUCAUAAUUUGAGAGCACCUCCUACCAGUCCCUGGGAAGCAUACUUGAAAACAAAUGACUUUUUCUAGUGGCUUUAUUGUUGAGAAUGGUGAGGAUCUUAUUUGUAUACACACAUAUGUGCUCUUAAUUCAGAUGCUUAAAGGAACUUUUAUUAAUGCUAGUAUGUGUUUUUCAACAUUUGGCCCUUCUGGAAACUUUUCAACUUGAAUAGGAUUUACCCUUGUGAAGACUAUGUAAUAAAUACAUUUACUCAUACCAUAGUUCUUAGUUUAUAUAAAAGUUCUAUAUAUAAACUGCUGUUUAUAUAAAAGUUCUCUUUGGAGCAAAGGAUCAUCAGUAUGUGGAGGUCCUUUUUUUCAUUACUAGUUCUUCUAAUUUUCUUUUUUUCACAAGGAGACAGAGUUUUGUUGCCUAAUAAGGAUUUUCACAUCAUAAUACUAAGUGCUGUACAGACAAUAAAGCUAUGUUGAGAUUUCAUUGUUGACAGAUCA